AUGAGCCGCCCGACAGCUCUUCUGGCCUUGACUCUGGCCGCUCUGCUGGCUCCGGGGGCUGGGGUCCCCAUCCGGGAACAGGCGGCCCAGCACAAGCUGCUCCUGGUGUCCUUCGACGGCUUCCGCUGGGACUAUGACCAGGACGUGGACACCCCCAACUUGGACGCCAUGGCACGCGACGGAGUGAAGGCACGCUACAUGACCCCCGCCUUUGUCACCAUGACCAGCCCCUGCCACUUCACCCUGGUCACCGGCAAGUACAUCGAGAACCACGGGGUGGUGCAUAACAUGUUCUAUAACACGACCUCCAAGGUGAAGCUGCCCUACCACGCCACGCUGGGCAUCGAGCGGUGGUGGGACAAUGGCAGUGUACCCAUCUGGGUCACUGCCCAGAGGCAGGGUCUGAAGACCGGCUCCUUCUUCUACCCUGGCGGGAAUGUCACCUACCAGGGAGUGGCUGUGACACAGAGCCGCAAGGAGGGUGUCCUACAUAACUAUAAGGACGAGCAGGAGUGGAGGGCCAACAUCGACACGGUGAUCAGCUGGUUCACCCAGGACGGCCUGGACCUGGUCACGCUCUACUUCGGGGAGCCCGACUCCACCGGCCACAAGUUCGGGCCCAAGUCUGCAGAGAGGAAGGACAUAGUGAGGCAGGUGGACCGGACCGUGGGCUACCUACGCGAGCGCAUCCGGCAGAGCGGCCUGGCUGACAGCCUCAACCUCAUCAUCACGUCCGACCACGGCAUGACCACCGUCAACAAGACGGCCAGCGACCUGGUGGAAUUCCACAAGUUCCCCAACUUCACCUUCAAGGACAUCGAGUUUGAGCUGCUUGACUACGGGCCCAACGGGAUGCUGCUGCCCAAAGAGGGGCUGCUGGACAAGGUGUACGAGGUCCUCAAGGAGGUGCACCCCAAGCUCCAUGUCUACCGCAAGGAGUCGUUCCCCAAGUCCUUCCAUUACGCCAACCACCCCCGGAUCACGCCUCUGCUCAUGUAUAGCGACUCCGGCUACGUCAUCCACGGGCGAGUGAACGUCCAGUUCAACAAUGGGGAGCACGGCUUCGACAAUGGGGACCUGGACAUGAAGACCAUCUUCCGGGCUGUGGGCCCCAGCUUCAGGGCCGGCCUGGAGGUGGCGCCCUUCGAGAGCGUCCACGUGUAUGAGCUCAUGUGCAGGCUGCUGGGCAUCGUGCCCGAGCCCAACGACGGGGACCCAGGCACCCUCCUGCCCCUGCUGCGCCCAGACCAGGGUGGCAUGCCGGCCUCCUCAGCACCCACGCCGCCCCCUCCCACAGCUCCCACCUGCUGCUCCCCACCUGGGCCCACUCAGCCGCCCUCUGGCUACACAGGAGCUGCUCUCCAGCUGAGCGGCCGGAGCCCCUUGGUGACAGUGCUGGCGGUGGCCACAAUUCUUCUGGUCAAGAUCACAUAA